AACUCGAGCGUGAAGGCGACGCAGAACCUCGCGGACAAAGGCGAAGUCGGGACGCGGUGCAUCGAUAGAGGACGAGGAGGAGAGAGACGAGGACGAGAGGGAGUAGAGAGAGACGAGGAGGAGGAGAGAGCCGAGGAGGAGAGGGAGUAGAGAGAGACGAGGAGGAGGAGGAGAGAGCCGAGGAGGAGAGGGAGUAGAGAGGGACGAGGAGGAGGAGAGACGAGGAGGAGGAGGUGGAAGAGAGAGCGAGGGGUCUGCGCGUCUCCUGCUGUCGCUCCCGUUCAAGGAAGUAAGAGAAGCGGUCUGGAACGCGACCCCCGUGCCGUCAUCCAUCGUCUCCCUCGCUCUGCCGGUGCGUCUGAGCGACCGAGAGAGUGAGAGAGGAGGGGGAGAGAGAACGAGAGAGAGAGAGAGGAGGGCGAGAGAGAACGAGAGAGAGAGAGGAGGGGAGAGAGAACGAGAGUGAGAGAGAGAGAACGAGAGUGAGAGAGAGGAGGGGGAGAGAGAACGAGAGAGAGAGAGACAGAAGGAAAGUUUGCGGAGCGUUGCUUGGAGUGUGGUAACGGAAGGGAAGGAGGGAAGGAAGGAGGAGGAAGGAGGAGACGGCUGCCAGAUAAAUAUUUCAUUCUCUGCGCGCCGCGCCGAGUGUGUGCUGGAGAGUGACUCCCAGACUCCACGAGAAGAAGCCUCGAGCAGCAGCAGCAGGAGUUGGUGGCGGAGGAGGAUAAUCCUCUCGACCGAGGCGAAAGUCGACGGACAACUUUUUGUUGACGACGCAGAUCGUCCUUGCGGGGUUUGAGGUCGUGGUCCCUUGCCUGGAGCCUUGGGCAAAGGGGCUCGCGUGUCGGGGUGGUCAGGGUUCGACCUGGGAUUUGGGGUUAGGGUCAGCUUUGGGUGGGGUGGGGGCGGUGUUUGGGUGAGCGGCAGAGAUUGGAGACGGCCACAGACCAACGCGAAACGUCUCCCACGUUUGGGGAGGGAGGGGAGUUGGGACACCCUCCAUGUGAUCGCGACCAGCGCAAGUUGCCGAGUCGCUUGUCCCCGGAGCCGUCGCUUGCCCGGAGGAGUACGAUCGUUGGCAUGCCGAGCGGCUGCUGAGAUGCCCCGGGGCACCGCGGCGGAGAGAAGGCGGAGGAGGAGGAGGGAGGGGGAGGAGGAAUCACCGCGCCACCGGGCACAGAGUCGUCGCCAAAUCCUCGCCGGGAGGGCUCGGAGCUCGUGGGUCCUGAGCGCGGCUGGCCCCGCGGCGAUGUGAGAGGGGGGGGGGGGACAGCGCUCGACACCUCCGCUCGACUCGGCCGCGUUCUCGCGGUCUCCUGCUGCUGCUGCUGCCGCCACUCGUCGGCGCUUCUGCGCGCGACUCGCCGAGAUGAACACCUCGCGGUUGCGGCCCGGGACAGGCUCCGACUCCGGCUGCGGAUCGGCUUUGGGAUCGGAGUUGAGGUCGGAGGAGAACGCGACGAUGUCGUCAUCGUAUCCCCGUCAUCCCCAGCACCAACCCCAUCAUCCCCAGCGCCUACUCCAUCAUCCACAGCACCAGCACCAGCACCAACCCCAUCAUCCCCAGCACCAACCCCAUCAUCCCCAGCACCUGCUCCACCAUCCCCAGCACCAACCCCAUCAUCCCCAGCACCAACCCCAUCAUCCCCAGAACCAACCCCAUCAUCCCCAGCACCAACUCCAUCAUCCCCAGCGCCAACUCCAUCAUCCCCAGCACCAACCCCAUCAUCCCCGGCACCACCACCCCUCUUGCUCUGCGCUGCUGCUACCCGUGUCACCGCUCUUGCACCACCACCAUCACCACCACAUCCUGCUGCUGCCGCUGCUGCUGCUGCCGUUGCUUCUGCAGCAGGCGCUGCCCGUUCGCGGGACACAGCAGGUACUGCUGCGGCCAGCGCAGGCAGCGCGCGGUGGAGCCAUGCAAUGCUGGGAGGCUGAGAUCCGUUGCCUGCAAGAGACGGAGUGCAAGCGGGCGUACAACCAGUACCUACGGGCGUGCGAGGCGGCGCUGCGCCCUGCCGUCAGCGGGGACGUUGCGGACGAAGCGGAUGGUGGUGGUGGCGGCGGCGGUGGUGGUGGUGGAUUUUCCACCGUCACGCACUGCCCCAGCCACUGCAUCCACGCCAUCAUCCAACUGAACGCGACUCGGGGAGGACCCGGCCUGGAAAGUUGCGACUGCGCGGACGACUUCGUGUGCCUCGCCGCCAAACGAGGAAUCGAGCCGUGCCUGCCUCGCACCUACACGGGCGGCGGCGGCGGCGGUGGCGGCGAGGACGAAUACGACGACGACGACGAAUACGGCGGAGGUGGUGCAGGUCGCGGAAGAGGUGGCGCUGGCGCUGGCGGUGCUCUGGGCUGCACGGAGGCGAGGCGGCGGUGCGAGGUGGAGCCGGCGUGCAGCGCGGCGAUGGACGCCUACCUCAUGAACUGCGGCAAGCUGCUGAACGGGGUGCGCUGCACGCGCGAGUGCAUGCGCGUCAUCCUGCACAUGAUGGCCAUGCCCAGGGCGCUGGCGCUCAGCGAGUGCGUGUGCGACGGCCUCGAGAGGCCGUUCUGCGAGGUGGUCAAGGACAACAUGGAGCGGCUGUGCUUCGACCGCGAGCGAGGGAGCGGCCACUUUUCCGACGAGGACGACGACGACGACGACGACGAUGAGGGUGACGAUGAGGAUGACGACGGUGACGACGAUGACGACGACGGUGGCUAUGGGGACAACGCUGCCGCGUACGGCGUCGGAAGGCACGCGCGCCAGAAAGCGUCCGGGAGCGCGGAUGGCACCCACUCGGUCAGAGUGUUCCCCAGGGGUCAGCCCCGCGCCGGUGGACAGUGCCGACCCCUGGCUAGCGUCGGGCUCACGGCCGCCGCGUGUCUCGCCGCGAGCGCGGCGCGGCGCUUGUCGGGGUGAGCGGCGAGGUUCGGGCCCCGCGCGGGUGGUCGCUUGGACGCUCGGCUCGGAGCUUUCGGUAGAAGCUGCACGUGCGCGUCGUGUGUACAUUGUGAGUAUAUUUGUAUACAUGGGGCAACGACAACAUCGAGUACAAAAAAAAAA